AGGGCGGAUUGUGAUGAUGUAGAGGACAACUGCUGGAGUGUGGAGUGUUAGCUCUGCGGUCUACUGCAGUCCUGUCAGAUAAGGGUUAAGUAUAUGGUAAAGCUUCAUCUCACCGCCCGGGACAUGGAGGGGCUGAGCUGGAGAGAGUUGGCCGCUCCUCCUCACAGACACAGGGGAGGGGAAGACUGGCGGUGCAAAGAAAGGAGACGAGCUGCUCAACCGGGGAACCCACCGCUCUCUGCCUCCUUGUCCCCCGGCCGCCUAUGUGAAGAGACCGGAGCUGCCAGGAACACCCGCUCACCCCAUUGUGUGCUGCCCGGCGGAGCCAUGCCAAGGAAAAGCAUCGUGCAAGUCAGCGUGCAGAACGUCCAGAAGCGACGUAGCCCCAACAAGCACUAUGCAUAUAUUAUUAACGUCACUUGGUCAGAUGGUACCACAGAGGUCAUCUAUCGAAGAUACAGCAAGUUCUUUGACUUACAAAUGCAAAUAUUGGACAAGUUUCCUGUGGAAGGAGGGCAGAAGGAUCCAAAACAAAGGAUUAUCCCAUUCUUACCAGGCAAAAUCUUGUUCCGUCGCAGUCACAUACGUGAUGUUGCAGUGCGACGCCUGAUUCCAAUUGAUGAAUAUUGUAAGGCCCUCAUCAGAAUGCCUCCUUACAUCUCUCAGUGUGAAGAAGUCCUGAAUUUCUUUGAAGCCAGGCUAGAGGACUAUAACCCACCUAAGGAAGAACCCAUCGGGAAGAAGAAAUUUGGUGCAGACUCUACAUCCUCUGACCCCUUAGUCUUGGAUCAGUAUGUGGUAGUUGCCGCAUAUGACAAACAGGAGAGCACAGAGAUCAACCUGUGUGUUGGACAAGUAGUGGACAUCAUUGAGAAAAAUGAGUCGGGCUGGUGGUUUGUCAGUAACGCAGAUGAGCAAGGAUGGGUACCGGCAACUUGUUUAGAGGCUCAAGAUGGCGGACAGGAGGACUUUCCAGUUCACCCGGAAGAAGCCCCCUGGAGAUACUGGUCCUUGCCUAGGCACGUCGGCCGCCGAAGGACACUUGGGGACUUGUACACCAGUGGAUGGGGUCCAGAAGAGAAAUACAGUGUUAUCUAUCCUUACACUGCAAGAGACCAAGAUGAAAUCACUCUGGAUAAAGGCGUCAUAGUAGAGGUCAUUCAAAAGAAUCUUGAGGGAUGGUGGAAAAUCAGAUACAAAGGUGCAGAGGGCUGGGCCCCAGCAUCCUAUCUAAAGAAAAUCAGUGGAGAUUUACUCUCUCAAAAGCUAGCCUCGGGAUCCAGCGCCAAUUCCAGUGCUCUAGAUUUGGAUGGAAUCUCCAGGCAGCAGAACUACGCUGGUCGGGAUAAGGAAGCUGUCGGUCGCCAAUUUCCAAUCGCAGAUUUCAAACGAAAAUCUCCCAUAAUGAGACAGAGACCACCACCUCGCCGGGACCUUACCAUUCCAAGAGGACUAAAUCUCCCUAAACCCCCCACUCCUCCCCAUGUUGAAGAAGAGUAUUACACUAUUGCAGACUUCCAGACCACCAUUCCUGAUGGGAUUAGCUUCCAGGCAGGGCUAAAAGUAGAGGUAAUAGAGAAAAACCACAGUGGCUGGUGGUACAUUCAAAUUGAUGAUAAGGAGGGCUGGGCCCCCGCUACCUUUAUUGACAAGUAUAAGAAGACAAGCAGUGCUUCAAGGCCUAACUUUUUAGCUCCUUUGCCCAAUGAGAUGGCCCAGCUGUGCUUGGCAAAUGCUUCAGCAGAGAGUAGUUCUUCAGAAGAACCAUCUGGGCCUUGUAGACCUCUGCCUGAGCCACCUCAGAAUGGCACAGAAUCUGUAGCAAAGUGGAAAAACAAAGAGCAAGGCUUCAAAAGUUCUCAACUGAAUGGUAAAGAACAAAUCUUCAAUAGUGUAUAUGAUGAAGCUGCUGAUGAUGAAGGGGAGGAGAAGCCAAGUUUACCUCCUAGAAGGGAGUCUAUGUUGAAGACAGAUGAUAUUUCUGAAAGACCAAGCAUCCCACAGCUACGGGUUCCUCCUCCAAAACCAUCACCUAGCUUGUUGGCUUCUAGUCCACAGAGACAGUUACCCCCAAAAGACAUCAAGAAACCAGAAAUAAAAAGUGAUAAAGGCAAAAUGUUUCAGCUGAAAAAUGAAAUGGGACUGGAAUGUGGCCACAAAGUAUCACCCAAAGAGCUGAAAAAGCCCAUGCUUAAACCUGUCCCUAACAAACCGAAAUCUGACCAGCCUACAGAGAAGACAGACUUGACAGCCCCAAACCCCUUUUUAAAGUCCAAACCACAAGUUAGACCAAAACCUAUUGCUGCACCUAAAACUGAAAUGAAUACAGAAAAUAAAGUUGAUAUUUCUAACUUGAGGAGUAGACUAAAGCCUGCGGCAAAGUCUCUAGAGAAAGCAAAUGAGCAGGAGUCUUUUGAUUCUCCUAUGUAUACCGCACCUUACCAGGGGGCUGCCGGCAGACCUCUUGACAAACCAGAAUUGAGACCUCCGUAUAAACAGGAUGACGAAAUACCUAGAGAGCCACCAUCUAAAGCUUUGCCGGUGCCAAUAAGGACUGUAGACAAUGAAUCAAAGCCUGGAAGAGAUCCACCUCAGAGGCCUGUAGUGCCACCAAGAAGACCUCCUCCUCCGAAGAAAUUGUCUAUUGAAAACAAUGAUGGGAAAACAACACCGCAAAAGGAAAGUUCCGAUUUAGUAGCUGCUCUCCUGUCUAACAAGCCAAUAUUGGUCCCACCAAAAGCAAAGCCAUUCCUCCCCUCAUCCAGCAUGGAUGAUACCAAAGUAAGAAAUAGCUUUGUGCCAAAGAUACAGGCACCAAGGCAGGUAGAGAAGUCGGUUCCCAAGGAUUGCUGUUAUGUAGCCAUUGCCGAUUUUGAUGGGGACGAAGAAACCGGUAGCUUUAAAGAAGGGACGGUAUUUGAAGUUCAGGAGAAGAGCUCAAGUGGCUGGUGGUUCUGUAAGGUUAUUAAUGGAGGCCCCAUGUGGGAGGGCUGGAUACCUUCCAACUAUCUUAGAAAGAAGCCGUAAUAGUUGCAUAGUUUACUCAUUGCAAUAGUCUCCGAAUUUCAGGUCUAUUUAAUUAGUCCAUUAAUUUAUAGUUUUUACAUGAAACCUAAUUUUUUUUAUACAUUCCAUUUUUUAUUCACUUUUUUUAAAGUAUUAAGGGAAGAUGAAAGCUGACUGGGCAGGCUCUGGGUGUAGGCAUUUUCUGGAAAUCAUGGGGUAGAUAUGAGCAGAGAACAAUUUAGAAAUAUGGUAGCGCUCAAGUUAUGGAAUAUGUUUGGCUGUUCUGCUCAGUCUGUAAAGACAGUACAAACAAAGCUUGGAUUAUCAUAUCUUCUCCAUAUUUGGCCUUCUUGGUAUAUUAUUCUCCUUGGCCAAAUUUACAUUUUUGCCACUGUUGACAGUGACAUAAUAAACUUGGCAGUAACACUAGUUUAAAACUUUGUUUUACAUUUUUUGCAUUCAUAGCAAUGUUAACAUAAAUAGUUCAACUUAAUACCGGUAUUUUAAACCUUCCUCCAAAUUGGAACAAACAACUGGCUAUUCAUUCAAUAGUCUGCGUGAAGUAGCGAUACAUUCCUGCACUGCUAACCCUUCCCCAUUAAGUGUACUCUUAGUUUGCUUCCUUGCAAUGCAGAAGGUUUUACAAUUCUGUGACCUGUAGAGGGCAGCAAUGGCUAAGAUUUUAAAAUGAACACAAACAGCACAGAUUUAGACAUCCAUCAUAUCCGGGUUUACAUUACCUAGCCCACUCCGGACUGGCAUGAAGUUGUACGGCGGUGUAACCAUAUAUUACAUUUGCAGAGUGCCUCACCUGUGAUAUUGCCACUCUGUACCCUCUCCUGUUGCGCUGUGCCAGGUGAUCAACUCGGUAAUUACAGUUGGCUGUAUGCCACUACCCAGAACAUUACUGGUAGGAUAAUGGGAGAGUGGCAAUAUGUAAUAUAAGACAUCCGGUCAGAAUCAAUAUUGCCUGUUACCUCUGGAAAGGUUAAAGGAAAACUGUCAUCCUGUUCACCCACACUAAACCCAAUACACCGGGUAAUAGUACAGGUGAACCUAUGAAGAUCAGCUUCGAUCUUUGUUGAUUUGUGCGCUGGAGGCGGGCCCACCAGCUGAAUUUUAUUAGUCAUGGUCACGUGAGCGCUCAGUAGGCACAAGCACUCUGGUGACCAAUGACCAUGAAUAUUCAAAUUCUCCCGGGCAGAAGGUACGUUUAUUAGUCAAAGACCCGUCGGGUCUCCUUUUCACCCGCACUAUUAGGGUGCAUUCACACCACGUUUUUGGAAUACAGCUCCCGUAUAUGUUUUCAAUGUGAAAACCGUAUGGAACCAUAUUGAAAGCCGUAUGCAUUGACUCUUCAUUGAAAACUGUAUGCCAAAAGAUGCAUCAGGUUGUGUCCGUUUUGCAUCGUGUACGGUUUUGUCAGUUUUUUUCCCAUACCCAAAACCGUAGCCUACCACGGUUUUUGGUCCGAGUGAAAAACCAUAUUAAAACGUGUAUAU